GCAACUUUAAUUGACAUUUUCGAUCCAAGGUUUUUUUUUCGUAAAAUCUUGAGGGAUUCAAAUGGCAGAAGUGAGUCUUGGUAUGCUUAUUGAUAUUGUGGACGAGGAGUGGAUGAGGGACACUCUCCCUGAUGAUGAUCUCCCAUUGCCUCCAGUGCUUGCUGUUAGGACUGAUGAUACUGAAGAAACCAAUCAGGAAACUCAGCAAGUAGAUGGAGAAGCUUGGCAUGAUCUUGCACUCGAUACACAGUAAAAAAGCCACUUAAGUUCAGUUGGAAACUUUUUUUAAUAAAAACUCCUACUUGCAUCUCCUCUUAUUGUGUAUGAUCAGAACUUUGUAAGCUUUGUAUGAAGACAGUCAUUGAUUCACUUCUAUUAACAAAACUCUCUUUGCUUUUCUCUUUUUGUUGGAUGUGCUACUGGUCCUGACGUAAAAUGUGACCCUUUUGCUGGGGUGUCUUGUUAUGAUCCAU